UCUACAAAACAAAAACACAACUCAUCUCCUCUCUCUCUCUCUCUCUCUCUCUCUCUCUCAAUGGAGAAGCCAGAGUCCUCAAGCUCAAUGGCAGAAGCAGAACAAGAACCAACUUACACAACCCAUCAUUUGACGAUUCCAUCUGGGUUGAAUCAGUCCGAGUUGGAUGAGUUAGCUCAACAUAUCUCUGAGUUCCACACUUACAGAAUUGGUCCAGGCCAAUGUUCUUCUCUAUUAGCCCAACGCAUCAACGCAUCAAACGACGUCAUCUGGUCCAUAGUCCGUUGUUUCGAUAAGCCGCAGACCUAUAAACACUUUAUCAAGAGCUGCACCGUUGAGCCUGGCUUCAAAAUGAGGGUAGGGACCACCCGUGACGUCAACGUGAUCUCCGGUUUACCGGCUGCCACCAGUACAGAGAGGCUGGACAUCCUCGACGAUGAACGACAAGUCACAGGUUUCACUAUCAUUGGAGGGGAGCAUAGGCUCAGGAAUUACAGGUCGGUAACCACUGUGCAUGGCUUCGAACGCGACGGCAGGAUCUGGAGCGUCGUUUUAGAAUCGUAUGUCGUCGAUGUACCGGACGGCAAUACAGAAGAGGACACGCGGCUCUUUGCCGAUACAGUUGUGAAGUUGAACCUCCAGAAAUUGGCGUCCGUUGCCGAGGGGUUGGCGCGUGAUGGUGACGGAAAAUCGCAGGUAAUUUAAGAAAUGACAAAAAAAACAAGUAAUUUUUUGAACUUCUUUCCCCUCUCUCCCUCUCUUCGUUAUUAUGUUUUUUAUGGUGUUCGGUUUUGUGAAAUUACAAAAAUGCCCUGUGCUGGAAGGCAUUUGACUUGGAUGCCACGUGAUUUGCUUGUGGGGUUGGUCUGCCAAGAUCCGAUCCCGUGGUGAUGCUGUGUUGGAAUUUGGAAUUGUAAUUUAGAAGGCGAGGGCAUUAUGGUCAAAUGAACUUGUUUGUACAGACAUGUUCAGUUUUGAGAAUAACGGUGUCGUCUUAAAUAAAUUUUCUUUUUUCUUUUU